AUGUCAUUUCGUACACUGCAUCUUGCAACUCAACUACAUCAUAUCCCAACACCCUCGCCGUUUCUCUUGGCAAACAGCAUUGCAAUAUCGAGGAUGUCUUCAUUCGCACGCACAAGUCUAACCAAGGCGCUUCGGCCAAGCGCUUCCACCUCUUUUGCCAUCGCAUCCAGCAGCAAACUCACCCUUCGUUCCAACUCCACCGCACCCUCACCAACCACCCUCGAACCCACCACCGACACCCCUACCCCCGUGCAAUACACCUACUUCGUCCCCCGCGUCGGCAAAACUCAAGCUUCCUACCCCGUCUACACCGACAUCCGCAACGGCGGCACCCGAAUCAUGACCGAGAUCCGCAAGAUCCAAGGCUCCGUCUCGGACCUCCAAACCGAUCUCUCCCUCUUCCUCUCGGAAACCUACACCGACUCCUCCCUGGAAAAUUCGCCUUUCCCACAACAGGUCAACAAGAAACCCCUCAGACCAAAACCAGGUCGCAAGUUGCUGGAUAGGACCGCAAACCCAACGUACCUCGAUCCAGUUCAAUCGUCCAAAGUUCAGUCGAGCGGAAAACUCAAGAUCAGAGGGAAUAGGGUGGAUGAGGUCAAGGCGUUCUUGCAAAGUAGAGGUUUCUAA